GUAAAGAUGUCUGAGCAGGCGGGGAGGGAGCGGAGCGGAGGACCCGAAACAAACGGACAGAACCUACGACUCUCCGCUACUUAACCGGUCAAGGCAGGUCGAUGCCAGUCUGACGAACAGGUGAGAUGUCCAACGACAGCCAGGGAUCGGUGAAAGGGGAGGCGGCCAUGAUGCCUUCUCCGUCUGUGCCCGCCUCCUCUCAGGGACCGCCCCUUUCUCCGUCCACAGCCAAACCACCAGAGCUUCCAGAUGAGCUGGUGCAGGCCGGAUGGUCCAAGUGCUGGUCUCGGAGGGAAAAUCGACCGUAUUAUUUCAACAGAUUCACCAAUCAGAGUCUGUGGGAGGUGCCAGUGCUUGGUCAGCACGAUGUCAUCUCUGAUCCUUUGGGCUUGAAUGCAGCUCCAGCAGAAGGUGGAGACAGUAACCUAGGUAACGGUCAGAGGAAGAGGAGGAGCUCUGAAGAGCAAGCAGCAGGGCCUAACAGUAUGAAACGGGCCAAGGUUGAGCCCACCACGCCCAUCUCUCCCAGCACACCUGGGGUCAAACCCUGGAACAACGCCCCUGAAGACAAACAGGCUCCACAAGCAACACCCACGACUCCAACGCCAGCCCCGGCUCCAUACAGGCCGGCCGUUAUCUACUGGGAUCUGGACAUCCAGACCAACGCUGUCAUCAGAGAGCAACAGCCAGCCAAACACCUGCCCCCCCACCCAGAGAUUGAACUGCAGAGAGCUCAGCUGGUCACCAAACUGAGACAACACUACCACGAACUGUGUCACCAGAGAGAAGGUAUUGAUCCGCCUCGUGAGUCUUUCAAUCGCUGGCUUCUGGAGAGGAAAGUGAUCGACAAAGGUCAUGACCCUUUGCUGCCGAGUGACUGUGACCCGGUCAUCUCCCCGUCCAUGUUCAGAGAGGUCAUGAACGACAUUCCCAUCAGGUUGUCACGUAUAAAGUACAAAGAGGAAGCCCGGAAGCUUCUGUUUAAAUACGCCGAAGCAGCAAAGAAGAUGAUCGACUCCAGAAAUGCAAGUCCAGAGAGCAGGAAGGUGGUGAAGUGGAACGCUGAGGACACCAUGAGCUGGCUGCGCCGAGAUCACUCCGCCAGCAAGGAGGACUACAUGGACCGUCUGGAGCAUCUGAGACAGCAGUGUGGUCCUCACGUCACCGCUGUGGCCAAAGAUUCAGUGGAAGGAAUCUGCUCAAAGAUCUACCAGCUGUCUGCAGAGUACAGCCGCCGUCUGAGACAGACUCACCUCAGCCUGCUGCAGGACCCCCCAGCAGCUUCAGAGACCAGCGAGUCCCCCCAACAGUCCCGGCUGGUCUACUGUUACCCGGUGCGUCUGGCCAUCCCUUCUCCCCCCCUGCCUCGAGUUGAGCUGCACUUUGAGAACGACGUGGCGUGUCUGCGCUUCAGAGGAGAGAUGGUCAAAGUCAACAGAGGGCACUUCAGCAAACUGGAGCUGCUGUAUCGAUACAGCUGUAUAGACGAUCCUCGCUUUGAAAAGUUCCUGUCCAGAGUCUGGUGCCUCCUAAAGAGAUACCAGGUGAUGUUUGGCAGCGGUGCCAACGAAGGAACAGGCCUGCAGGGGGCGCUGCCGGUGUCAGUGUUUGAGGCGUUGAACCGGCAGUUUGGAGUUACCUUUGAGUGCUUCGCCUCGCCACUCAACUGCUACUUCAAACAGUUCAGCUCCGCCUUCCCAGACAUCGACUGCUUCUUUGGAUCCAGAGGGCCGUUCCUGUCUUUCUCUCCAGUCAGCGGCUCAUUUGAAGCCAACCCUCCUUUCUGUGAAGAGCUGAUGGACGCCAUGGUCACGCACUUCGAGGAACUUCUAGAAAAAUCCUCUGAGCCGCUCUCCUUCAUCGUCUUUGUCCCUGAGUGGCGUGACCCCCCCACCCCGGCUCUGACCCGCAUGGAGGGAAGUCGGUUUCUCCGUCACCAGCUGAGCGUCCCCGCCUACGAACACGAGUACCGCUCUGGGAGUCAGCACAUCUGCAAGAGGGAGGAGAUGUACUACCGGGCGGUCCACGGUACCGCAGUGCUCUUCCUUCAGAACGACGCUGGUUUUGCGAAGUGGGGCCCGACUCCGGAGCGUUUAGCUGAGUUGACCUCUGCAUAUCGCCCCUCGCCGUCCCGCACCUCCUCCAUGUCCUCUCCUGGCCCCGCCCAUCCUGCGUCUGGUGACAAGGACUCCACCCCCAAGGCAGCUGAUAGGACGCCGAGUGGGGUGAUUUCACCGGGUGUCCAUGACAACAACAACAACAACAACAACGGCAACAACAGCAGCAGUAGCAGCAGCAGUAGCAGCAGCAGUCCUCGAGACAAGACGGCGGCUGUGUAGAAGGAGCGCGGCUUACGUUGUGACCACGCCCUUCACAUAUUCAGCGUUGUUUAAGGAAGUGUCUCUAUUUUAAAGCGUUAGUUUUCUGAUUGUUGUCUCGUCUGUCCAAAUGUCCCUCACCAGCGCCUGUAGCACACCUGCAGCAUCUGUCAGUAUACCCACAAUGCUGUUCUGCCAUUGCAGCCAGGAGGGGCGGGACCAGAGCGAUCCUUUUAAACUUGAUUGCGUGAUUUAUGUCGUCUACAUUUUCACAGUCUCCCCUCAUCCUGGCUCCUCCUCCUUCACAUCGGCUCCUCUGAUUGGUCGAAGCUCUGACAUCACAGCAUCUGGAGCUUUGUUUCACCUGCAGCUGAUUCAGGUAUGUGGCGCUGCUGCUGUUGCCUAGCAACAAGCAAAGAGGCCAACAGCUGGAUGAAGUAAAUCAGCAUGCAGAGGAAUGUUGGCGCUCCAGCAAUAAAAACUUCUUAACUCACCUGUGAUGUCAUCUGUGAUGUCACUAGACUUCUGAUUGGUCCCCACACCAACAGGGCUUGGUGAUUGGUUGAUAUGGCAGCUAUCGUUUCUAUUUGACUCGUCUUUCUUUGUUUGGAUAGACAGAAUAGAGCUCAACCGUUUGGUUCUGGAAGUGAAAACACCUCCUGUUUUCUCCAUGGCAGUUUUGAUGAUUCGCCAUGAUGUCACAACCAUCCACGGUAGACUAACCAUGAGCUACCACGGCGAGAUAGGGCGGUAAACUUUGGCUGGCAGCUUCUGCUCAAGUUUAAAGUUGUUUUCAGUGACCAUAAAUCUGGUAAAGAAGCUGUCGUCUGUUUAAAAAAAAAAAAAAGCUUUCAGUCACCAAACUGAGCCGCCUGGUUGUUCAUCUGAGACGCCGUCUGUCAGAUAGGAAACACACGCUGAAACUUUAGAAGGAAAAUCAGCUUAAACUUCUGUGUAGGAUUAUCUUAAGAGUUGGUUUGGAUAGUAAAAGGUAAAAUCUGACCUGAUCAAAGCUUGGGUAAAGCAGAGUGAACAGUCCGGUACAUGACAAAGGCUCGUCCACCAUGAAAACACUCUGAUGGCUAAGCGUAGCUUAUGUCUCUUUGUUAACUGUGGAAGCUACAUAGAUAAUUGAGCUAUGUAGUUGUGUAGCUAACAUAGCUAAAGCUAAGCCGUGUAAGCUAAGUAAGUACAUUGUCUACGUAACUUUGUUAGCUUUAGCUCAGAUUGCUAACGUUCAUAUUGCUAAAACUUUACAUUGUGAAAGCUAACUUAAAUAGUACUGUUCAUUAGAUAGCUAGCGUAGCCAUGUUAGCUAACACUAGGGCGAGCCGGCGUUCUUGUUUGUACCUCUAAACCGAGAGAGAGAGAGAUUCAUAGCGGAGAAUUAUUGCUCACAUGUAAACCCAUAUUCUGGAGCCUGAUCAGAGUUCUGGGCACUUCUGAUGAAUGAAACCAGGACUUUUUACCUCGUAUGAGCCCCUACAGCCGCUCCUCUGCGUGUCCUUAUACUGUCUGAAUCCCCGUGGAAUUCUUUUACACGCCAUGAACUGUGCAUCUCUCUGCGUUUGGAUGCCUUUCAGUGCUUCACCAAACAAGCUCUCAUGUAACAGGACAGCCUGUGUCCAGAUCAGGAUUAAUAAACGAUGUUCCAGCCAAACGUCAGCGACCAAGAUCCCACUUUCACUUCAUGAAAUAGAAUUAGAGGUAAAUUAUUUCAGUGGAUGAUAGUUUUUCAUUAAAAAACUAUCAUUAACCCCGGCUCACACUUGUCCGCGUAUUUGGCACUCUCCUUUACGCAUGGAGGAUGAAAGGUGUUUGUUAUCCUGUGAGCUGCUGUUUGUAGCUAAAUUAAGAAAAGAAGUUUCAUUUCAAUAACCAAAAAUCCUCUCACAGUGGUUAAAGCCUGACUUUGCUCGAAACUGGUCAGAAAUGUGGACAGGACUGGGAUCCGUUAGAACGAGGUCGUAGUAAAGCUGUGUGAAGUUAAAUUCUUCAGCUCUUAAGUCCUUGUAACUUGUUGAAAUUCAGUGAGACAAAAUAGUUCUCUCUCUCUCUUUCCAGAAAUAAUCCUGCUGUCUCUAGCAUGCAGCUGCUGCGCUCUCUGUGCUCUGAGGCGGGUCCUCUUGUUACUUCCCGUGCUUGUGCCCCUUCUUUUGCAUCCUGCCUAGGCCCACCUACUCCUUCCGCGCUGUGGUUGCGAAGCGUGCCUCUGAAGCACGGAACGAUUGCACUCACACCCGCCAAACUUAGCAGACUUUAGGCUGAAACGGGCCCAGACACGGUACGGAUGGCCUAGUGUGAGUGCGCCCUCAUUCUGAGAGUGACGGUGUCUCAGAUGAACGGUCUGUCAGAGAUGUUGAUCUGCUGUCAGACCCCUCUUGAGUCCAGGCUAGUCUGUUUAGCUGCUGUGUCCCUCUAUCUCUACCAUCACUUCCUGUUUACUUCCUGUAGUACGGUGGUUUAGCUGUCAGCCUGUCAUGCUUAGUUCAGAAGUAGUGCUUCUGAACUCCUCUCAGUUAAACCAGUAUUGGAUCAGGUUUCUUUAGUGCUCCAUAAACAUGCAGGGUUAUUACCUAAUGAGGGAGAAACCAUGGUUAAAAAGUGGCACCAACCCUAUCUCACAGUGGGUUAUGGUGGCAGCUGCAUUUGUGACCAUGAUGGGACAUAGUUCAGCUUUAUUUAAUGGUAGUAACAGUUGCAUUGGUAUUAAUGAUGGAGGCAGUGUCCUCUCUAUAAGAUAAAUAUUAAACUGCUAUCUUAUUUGUAGUCCCUUCUCUGUAGAAAUAAUACUUAGAAGUACUCAGAGUUGUACAGUAACAUUUUCACCAUUUUCCACCCCUAUUUUUGCCCUGAGUCUAAAAUGUAAAUCCUGAGUAUCUGGGUAGCUUUCUACCUUUUUUCCAGGUUUAGUUAUUAAUAAAAAUAUUUUCUUGAAUCUCAUUGGUGGAUUUGAACAAGGAAAGUUGCUUCCAGAACCAGAGCUGCCAAACAAGUGGACAGUUGAGCUCUAUUAGUGCAUGCCCCUCUUUAGGCCCCGCCUCCUCAGUAAGCUGUGGCCUUUCAGAAGAAGAAACUUCAUCGGUCAGAGAUGGAUUGUGGGAAACUGAGAAUUUCACGGGAGGGAGGAGGCGGAGCCUUCACAGUAUGUUCAUAUUUACUAAGAGAAGGAGGCGGAGUCAAACUGGGAUUCAGGGUGGUCUACGAAGACAGACGUCUCAGCGAUGAUGCGCUCAUACUUCCUGUUGUGUUUUAAGUACACAGGAAGUUAAAUCAGCAGUGAUGGAGUUUAUAGGAUUAGUGUUCGGCAGCAGGUGGCGCUGUUGGAGAUUGAGUUUUGGAGUUUAGACUACCUGACUGUAGUUUCACGCUGUUGUAGUGUGGCGUAGUCAUGGAUGUGUCCAGGACGCUCCACUAGCCUGGUGUAGGGGGACGUUUGUAAGGGCUGCAGCCGUCAGACAUCUACAUGCUCAUUGCUGUCUUUGUGAUUUUUGCAUUGAGGUGUAUUUCAGUAAACCUGAGCUCCAUAAGGUCCAUCCGUCUGUUUUCUACACUGCUUAUCUCACACAGGGGAGCCGUCAUUGGCUGAGAGGCGGGGUACACUCUUGAUUGGUCGCCAGUCAAUCAGAGGGCUACAUACAGAGACGGACAACCAGGCACCCUCACACUCACACCUACGGGCAAUUUAGAGUCACCAGUUAACCUAACAAACAUGUUUUUGUUGGUGGCUGGAUUACCAGAGAGAAACCACUCAUGCACAGGAGGAAGAUGUGAACGCCACAGAAACGCCCUGACUGGAACAAGAACUCUACUAGGAUGAGACAGCAGUGCUAACUCCCGUACUCCAUAAGGGACCAAACAGUACACCCACAUGUCGUUUUCAUGGAUAAAUGUCACAUUUGAGAGAGAACGUUUGUUUAAAAAUGCUGAUGUGUUCUGGUCGUGUGUUCCUAAAAUGCUUGGCGUGUUUCUCCCAUCGACUGUAAGCACAAACUGGAAUAUGUCGGCAUUUUUCAAACAGCUUUUCUCUGUUGAUAUGUGAAAUUAAUCCAAGAAAAUGAAACCUUUGUUUCUUUAGUACCUUUACCUUGUGGAGUGCAGGUUUAAGGAAAAGCUAAUGUCGGUAAAGAUGGCAGACGACAGACGUGAGGACAGGAUCGCCUCUCAGAGAUCGCAGAUUAAGAAGAUUACAGACGUUUCUGGAUGUCUGAUGUCUGCAGCCACUGUUUUUUGAAUUAUGACUAAUCAUGAUUUCUUUUUUUAAACUGAGACAUUUUAGAGACCUUUUUCACUGGUCCUCUGACUUUCUUCCCUUUUCCAUGUUUGUAGUCUUAGACCUACUUCUGGAUCCGGUCUGUAUCUGCACAGGAAUACCCUUUCCCUUAGUCUGCGACAGUAGACAAUCCAAAAUGACAAAACAGUUUAAAUGCAGAAAUUGUGUAAUUGCUGUUAACUCCAGUAUUCUGAGAUGAACUCAGAUUAUAAAUGUUAAUCUUCCAGGAUUCAUGGAGGAUGAAGAAAGUCUUGAAGAGAACAGAAAUCUCCACUUUGAUGAAGUCGUCCACGUUCUGUAGAUUUCUGUUCUCGUCAGUGUUUUCACAGCCCCAGGAUUCAUCAUAAAGAUAAAUGUACCAUAUUUACCACGUUACAGGGGGCAGUAACAGUAAGGUAGUGAUAGCAGGCACUUAGAGACAGGAUUUGGACGAUAAUCUGCCCAGACUCCCUCACUCAUGGAGGAGAAGGCCCAGGAUGAUGUACAGUGUAGACUAACAUUGCUUUCUCUGCAGUUUUUUCUCAAUUCUAAAUAUCAGAACCUGGUUUGGUUUGAUGUCCAGUCUUGCUGCUUUCUUGCAGAGAUUCAUAUUCCAUUUUGGUAUAUUUUAACUUAAAUAUGAAUAUUUUCCCUUAAUAUUACACCCAUGAAUAAGUUAUUAAUUUUUUAAACUUUAUUUUGUGAAUAUCAGAGCUUUGAGCGAAUGUUUCCUCAGUAAUAAAACUCUAAAAUAAACAUUUAAAGCCAAACUGCCAGCAAACUCAGUGGCUUGUCCCACUUCGUAACUAAACUCCAACAUCUAUCCUGCUGCCCUCCGAUUGGUUGACGAGUCGUCCAAUCAGACGUCUGUCUCCGUGUGACAUCACCGUCUGCCCCAGCAUGUACAUACUGUACAGUUAAACUGAAAUGAAGUCUGUUGAUGUUAUUUUCCUCAUCUGCUGUUUCACUGAUGGAAAAACAAAUUCAGUUGUUUUUUUAUUUGAUUAAUUUAACAUUUUUUAAAAGAUUGAGAUGUGGUCUCUGUAUUAUACAGCUUAUGAUAGUUUGUUUUAAACUAAACCAAAGUGUUAUUAAAAAAUCUAUAUCUUGUA